ACUUGGUCACUUGUUAAUGCAGAGAAAAGAAGAAAGCAUUUUGCUUGCACAGGUGUAAUUAUAGUGUGCGAUGGAUCCACUGCAAGAGUUCUGACUUCAGCAAGUUUAGUUAGAACUUCUGGUGAAGAAAACAACAUUCAUCCUGGAUUGAAGGUUGGUGCCGCUGGUCAUUAUUUCCUUGUUUUUGUUCAUUUGAGGUGCUACUCAUUAUGUCCCACUUCAUUAUUGUAGAUUGAAGUGUGCCUUUCGAGCGAAAGACGUGUGGACGGGACAUUGCAACAUUAUGACUUGCACUAUAAUGCAGCUAUUGUCAGCAUCGAGGGUGCCUGCAGUUAUUGUGCGGCAAACCUUGAUGAACCAUCUAAAACUGAUGAGGUAGUAGCUCUAGGGCGCGCCUUCGAAUCAGGCGAGUUAAUGGCCACGAACGGGGCUGUGACUGGUGAAAGUAGCAGAUUUGAUUGCAAAGAGCUUCGGAUGUCCACUUGUACAAUUACCAAGGCUGGGAUUGGAGGGCCCCUUGUUGAUUUUGAUGGGAACUUUGUUGGCAUGAACUUCUAUGACAUGGAACAAACUCCUUAUCUGCCAAGGGAUAUAAUCCUGGAAGUCAUCAGGCGUUUUGAUGCAAAACGGACUGCUGCUGCUGCUGUCGAGGCUACAGAAGAGUCUGAAUUUCACAGCUGGCCCGUGCCCGACGCCUACUGGGUUUAUCUGAGUCGUUACCCCGAACCCCCGCGCCCUCCUGCAAGCUUUGAGUUGGAGUAAAAUACUAAAAUGUGUGUUUUAUUUUGUGCUUGUAUUUUGUUUGGCUUAGGAGGUGGAUGGUUUUGUCAGGCUUUGGAUGAUGGUUCUCAAGUGUUGUACUGCCGGACCCCUAGUUUUUAGAUGAUACGAUGCUGUUGAAAUUCAAACAAACAAUCAGUGAUUGAGAGCCAACGCAGAUCUAUAGGGGUACAAGAUUAACUCAAUCUGCAAAUGAUUGUCGUCAGGUAAAUCAUGGGAACAUUCUUUGACAAGGUCAAUUAUGAAGCAUUGUCAGGUUUCAGAAUGAACCAGAGGAACAAGAGAUGAAAUCCCAGGCCCGGCUCAGCUAUAGUGUUAGCAUGCCUGGAUCUUGUUCUCAAAACCAAAAAGAAACAACAACAUAUAUCGCCGCCUCCCAUCACGGAAAACUUGAUCGAAAACUUAUUGGCACAACACUAAUCCAAAUAAGAUGUCGAAUUGCUAAAUGUGCAAACAUGAAAUACAAAGUACCAGAAGUGACAAUGUACUCUAGGACACUAAGGUCAACUCUA